UCAAACCCGGAAGUGAUGUGAAGUAAUCAGAAUCGUUGAAAACAACGUCAGAAUAGAACAGAACUGGUUCUCCCUUUUUCUCCGGCGAACGGUCAAGAUGUGGAUCGAACCGGAGGAGGUUCUGCUGGUCGGAGCUCUGUGGGUGUCCGAACGGGCCAACCCGUUCUUCAUCUUGCAGAGAAGGAGGGGGCACGGUCGCGGAGGGGGGCUGUCUGGUGAGUUGGGUUCGGGUUCGGGUUCUUCGGUUUGAUUGGUCAGACUGGACAUCUGAUCCUCAGGGGAACGUUCAGAAUUCGCUUCGUCAACAACAGGUCAAACUGGUUCUGUUUAACUGAGCUCAGAGUUCCGCAGAACCUGAACGCAUCUGCAUUGUUCUGGUUCUGGUGGGUCGGAUUUCGUUCAGUCUGACUGACGGAGCAGAACCAGAAAGAUCCGGUUCAGAGGACUGAACUGAGCCACCCUGACCUCAGGUCAACAUUCUUUUCUCGGAUCCGCUCUACGGAGCCAGCAGGACCAGAACCAGAACUUUUAUUUAAAAUGCAAUUAGUGACGUCAUCACUGGGGGUCAGCUAACAGUCUCCUGGUUGGGACUCUGGAUGUGGUUCUUGACUCCAGUGCCAGGGUGGCUCCAUACAGAAUCCUUCUCCAGACUGCGGACUCUCAGGUCUACUGGAACAUUGCCUGUGGCUCAUCCAGGAAGGAGAUUACGGAGCACUGGGAUUGGCUGGAGUCCAACCUGCUUCAGACCAUCUCCAUCUUUGAUAACGAUGAAGAUGUCAUCACCUUUGUCAAAGGAAAAAUUUCUGGCAUUAUCGCUGAGGAGAAGCGUCUAAAGCAGGGUGAGGAGCAGGAGGAGGACAGCGGGAAGUUUCGGGAGGCGGAGCUGAAGAUGAGAAGGCUCUUUGGGAUGCCUGAGGAGGAAAAGCUGGUGAAUUAUUACUCCUGCAGCUACUGGAAGGGCCGAGUCCCCCGGCAGGGCUGGGUCUACCUGUCCAUCAAUCACCUGUGCUUCUACUCCUUCCUUCUGGGAAAGGAAGUGACCCUGGUGAUUCCCUGGAUGGAGGUGACCCAGCUGGAGAAGAAUGCCACACUGGUGUUUCCGGAGAGCAUUCGUGUGAGCACUCGUCACACUGAACAUUAUUUCUCCAUGUUCCUUAACAUCAACGACACCUUCAAGUUGAUGGAGCAGCUAGCCAACAUCGCCAUGCGCCAGCUGCUGGACAAUGAGGCCUUUGCUGCCGACCGCUCGCUGCCCAAACCCUGCAAGACCCUGAAGAAUGUCUCCACAUUGAAGAGGGACUUUGACGCCCGGGCCAAGAAUGAGCGGUACAGGGCCAUGUUCCGCCUUACGCAGGAUGAGCGUCUAGACGGACACACGGACUGCACUCUGUGGACACCAUUUGCAAAAAUGCACAUCGUGGGACAGCUGUUCAUCUCCAACAACUACAUCUGCUUCAGCAGCAGAGAAGAAGACCUGUGUCAGCUAAUCAUUCCUCUAAGAGAGGUGUCCAUUGUGGAGAAGGCAGACAGCAGCAGUGUCUUGCCGUGUCCUGUCUCGAUCAGCACGAAGAACAAGAUGACUUUCCUCUUUGCCAACCUCAAAGACAGAGAAUUCCUGGUCCAACGCAUCUCUGACUUCCUACAGCGGACCCCCGACAGCUCAUGGUUUGAUACCAGCCCCCCGUCCCUGAUUGGUUCCUCAGUGCCCUCUGACUCCACCCACAAGGGGCGCCAUUACCACUCAGGCCUGCCAACUGCUAGCCAGAGUCUGCUGCAGCUGUUCCAUCAAAACAGUCCAGAGGACCUGGGACCCAAAGCUAUGAAGGAGAAGAUGAAGGAGGAGGCAUGGAACAUCCAUUUCUCUGAGUUCGGUCGAGGUGUCUGCAUGUACAGAACCUCCAGAACCAGAGAACUUGUUCUGAACGGGAUCCCAGAAUGCCUGAGGGGGGAGCUGUGGCUGCUGUUUUCUGGAGCUCAGAAUGAACUUGCAACCCAUCCUGGUUACUAUGGCGACCUGGUGGAGCAGGCUAUGGGGAUGUGCUCAUUGGCUACGGACGAAAUCGAGCGAGACCUUCAUCGCUCCAUGCCUGAACACCGGGCCUUCCAGAACGAGACCGGUAUUGCUGCUCUGCGCCGCGUCCUCACUGCCUACGCCCACCGGAACCCGGGCAUCGGUUACUGCCAGGCGAUGAACAUCGUCACCUCUGUCUUGCUGCUCUACUGCACAGAGGAACAGGCCUUCUGGCUGCUGGUGGCGCUCUGUGAGCGGAUGCUGCCAGACUACUACAACACCAGGGUCGUAGGAGCUCUGGUGGAUCAGGGAGUGUUUGAGGAUCUAACUCGGUCCUCCCUCCCUCAGCUCUAUGAACACAUGCAGGAGCUGGGAGUCAUCUCCACCAUCAGUCUGUCCUGGUUCCUCACCCUCUUCCUGUCUGUGAUGCCGUUCGACAGCGCCGUGCUGUUGGUCGACUGCUUCUUCUACGAGGGAAUCAAAGUCAUCUUCCAGGUUGCUCUGACCGUCCUUCUUGACAACAUGGAUGCUCUUCUGUCCAGCAGUGACGAGGGUGAGGCCAUGACCGUCCUGGGCAGAUACCUGGACAAUGUUGUGAAUAAGCAGACUGUGGCUCCGCCCAUUCCUCACUUGCAUGCCGUCCUGACGAGUGGGGAUGAACCUCCGCCUGAGAUUGACAUCUUUGACCUCAUCAAAUCUUCGUAUGAGAAGUUUGGCAGCCUGUCCUCUGAUGUCAUCGAGCAGAUGAGGUUCAAGCAGAGGUUAAAGGUCAUCCAGUCUCUGGAGGACACAGCCAAGCGGAGCGUGGUGAGGGCAAUGAUGACUGAGUCUGCGUUCAGCAUCGAGGAGCUGGAGGAGCUCUACUGUCUCUUCAAGUCCAAACAUAUGACCAGCUGUUACUGGGGCUCUAGCAGCUCUGCAGCGGAGCGCCAUGAUCCCAGUCUUCCGUACCUGGAGCAGUACCGAAUUGACCCAGUUCAGUUCUCCCAGCUCUUCUCUGCCCUUGCUCCGUGGGUUUGUGGAGGCCACACCACCACGCUGUCAAGCCGUCUCUUCAGACUCCUGGAUCAAAACCAGGAUCAACUGGUCAACUUCAAAGAGUUUAUCACCGGACUCAGUGGGAUGUACCAUGGAGACAUGACUGAGAAACUGAAACUGUUGUACAAGCUCCACCUCCCUCCAGCUUUGAGCCCUCAGGAGGCAGAGUCUGCUUUAGAGGCCACACACUUCUUCACUGAGGAUGAACCAGAAGAAUCUUCAUUCUUGUCUGAUCUGGACACUUUUCAGCAGCAGGAAGUGGCUCCAGGUGAGGAGGUGAAAGACAAGGGAGGAGACGUUGAGGAAAAGAAAGAGGUGAAGGACUACAGGUACUAUCUAAGGAUGUGGGCCAAAGAAAAGGAGCCCAAAAAGGAGACCAUUAAAGAUCUGCCGAGGAUGAACCAGGAGCAGUUCAUUGAGUUCUGUAAAACUCUGUACAACAUGUUCAGCGAGGACCCCUCUGAGCAGGAGCUCUAUCACGCCAUUGCCACCGUCGCCAGCCUGCUAUUGCGCAUCGGAGAAGUUGGAAAGAAGUUUGGCAAUGGUGGGAAAAUGCAGGAGACCACCUCUCAGACCUUGCCCAUAAGCGCAGAACAGGAGGAGGAACCGGAUGAGGGAACGUCAGGUGAAGCUCUGCUGUGCCAGGCUCUCGCCGAUGCCCAGCUGGAGCCGGCCGUGCUGCAGACGUCUGACGAGGAAAACAAGGACGACACGGAGUCGUCUUACUCAGUAGUGAGCUCUGGCUCACUGCUGUGUGAAGACAUCGCUCACGACACGGUGCUGAUAGGUGCGGAGCAGAGACAGGGCAGCACGCUAGAUGUUGAUUGGUCAAUCACCUUCGAACAGGUGUUGGCGUCACUACUGACGGAGCCAGUGCUUGUCGAAUACUUUGAGAGGAAAAUGGACAUUCAGGCAAAAAUGGCUACAUGUAAGGCUCAGAGGGUCGUGGAGCGCCAGGUGAGCUCCCCCUCCGAACAGGAACUCAUGCAUCAUUCCACCUGAUCACCUGUCCGCCUCCAACAGGCACCAGAUAACCCAUCAGCUGAUUUGAUCACGUCACCAUGUCUGAUAACGACAUUUGGAUUGGAUGGGCCUGUAUAAUGAAAAUCAUUCUAACAUGCAGUAUUUCACUGACUUGUGACAUCAUUACGUCAUUUUUUUCCCGAUGUUAGAACACAUCUCCAGUCACAUGAUUCUGUUCCAGUCAGCUGUUUUACUUCCCCAUUUUCAGUGAUUUUAUUGAACUUUUGACUGAAAGAAAACCAUGUUUAUUUACUUUUAUUUUGAAGAAUUUUUAAUGCACUUGUUUUUUCUGUUUCCUGUUUCUAAUGACAUCACUCAUGUUUACUUCCUGUCAAUAUUUUUAUCUCAUCUCUGCUGUUUAAUUGCUUGCUUUUGAAUCUGUUAUACUUACCUAUUCUACAAAGUUAUAAUAAAAGUCGAAGGAAAUAUUAAA